UCCAUCCCUCUCCGCUCCAAUAAUGGCCACCCGUUCGGUCGCGAGGCUCGUCGCCUACCGCCGGCCGACCCCCUUCGGCUUGCUGGGCUCAACCGCAAACUUCUCUUCCUCGGCGUCCCGCGCAGCCACCCCAGCUGGUCCCCCCAGGCCGGUUUCCGCCUGCCCGCUCCCAAGCGCUGGGACCAGGAUACCGAGUCCUCCCUGGACAAGGCCAGCAAAUACUUCCUCAUGGCUGAGAUCUUCCGCGGCAUGUACGUGGUGCUGGAGCAGUUUUUCAGACCACCUUACACUAUCUUCUACCCGUUCGAGAAGGGUCCCAUCUCUCCCCGUUUCCGUGGUGAACACGCCCUCCGUCGCUAUCCCACCGGUGAGGAGCGCUGCAUUGCUUGCAAGCUCUGUGAGGCUAUUUGCCCCGCUCAGGCUAUCACCAUCGAGGCUGAGGAGCGUGAGGAUGGAAGCCGUCGGACGACCCGUUACGAUAUUGAUAUGACCAAGUGCAUUUACUGCGGCUACUGCCAGGAGAGUUGCCCUGUGGAUGCCAUCGUUGAGACCUCCAACGCUGAGUACGCCACCGAGACCCGCGAGGAGUUGCUCUACAACAAGGAGAAGCUCCUCUCCAACGGUGACAAGUGGGAGCCUGAGAUUGCCGCUGCUGCCCGUGCAGAUGCUCCCUACCGAUAAUUCAAUCGCCCCGAUUUUCACCUGAUUGGCAUGUCGA